AUGAAGAACAGUUGGAUCUUGUUCAUCUCUCUAAUUUUCCUGUUUCUCUUCUCCCGUGUCGCAUCAAAUACAGAAGAAGGAGGAGGUUUAGAAGAAGAAGAUGAAAAAGAAUUUGAUUAUGAUUGGAGGAGUAAGAAGGGUCCGAGCAGAUGGGGUUUGUUGAAAAGAGAAUGGAAAGCUUGCAACAAUGGAGAAAUGCAAUCUCCUAUUGAUAUGUCUGAUCGUAAAGUCAAAUUACUUCAAAAAGGAAGCACAGAUUUCAUUAGUAGAAUUGAUUAUAAAUCUGCUAAUGCUACUCUCAAGAACAGAGGCCAUGAUAUUUCUCUGCAAUGGGUUAUUGGAGAAGCAGGAUCAAUUGAAAUCAAUGGCACAAAAUUCUUUCUUCAUCAAGCUCAUUGGCAUUCUCCAUCUGAGCACUCUAUCAAUGGCAGAAGGUACGAUAUGGAAUUGCACAUGGUUCAUGUAAAUACUAACAUAACCUUCAACAAGAAUAACCAUAUAGCUGUCAUUGGAGUUCUCUACCAGAUUGGUCAUGCAGAUCAUUUUCUCUUUCAGUUGAUGAAGAAUAUAUCAAAAAUAUCAGAUAAGAAGGUGGAGAAUUUCAUUGGUUUAGUUAACCCAAAAAGGAUUCUUAAGCUUAAGAGGAAUACCAAAUUUUAUAGAUAUAUGGGUUCUUUAACUGUCCCACCUUGUACUGAAGGUGUCAUUUGGACCAUCACAAAAAAUGUGAGAAGUGUUUCGACAGCUCAAGUUCAAUUAUUGCGAGAAGCUGUUCAAGAUCAUGCCGAGAGGAAUGCAAGACCAGUUCAACCGUUAAACAAUAGAAACAUUUAUUCAUCUUCAAAUUUGCAUAAUUUGUACACAAAGAAUUGA